AACCCUCAACAAACCAUGGCUUCUCUCCUCUCCUCCUCCCUCUCCCCUUACUACCACCUCCUCUUCGCCGCCUUCGCCUUCCUCCUCUCCGCCCUCCUCCUCGCCCUCUCCCGCUCCUCCUCCUCCUCCAAAAAACUCCGCCUCCCCCCGGGCCCCCCGGGCUACCCGGUCGUUGGCAACCUCCUCCAGGUCGCCCGCUCGGGGAAGCCCUUUUUCCAAUACGUCCGUGAAUUAAUCCCGAAAUACGGCCCCAUCAUAACUCUUCAUAUGGGAACCCGAACAAUGAUCAUCGUCAGCGAUGCUGAUUUAGUCCACGAGGCAUUAAACUCGAAGGGCCAGCUCUUUGCCUCCCGCCCGCGUGAGAAUCCCACGCGGGCGAUCUUCAGCUGCGACAAGUUCACCGUCAACGCCGCCGUCUACGGCGGCGUCUGGCGCUCCCUCCGCCGCAACAUGGUGCAGAACAUGCUCAGCGCCACGAGGCUUAAGGAAUUCAAAUCCGCACGGGAAUUGGCGAUGGAUCGGUUGAUUGAUCGGUUGAAAUCCGAGGCGGCGGCGAACGGCGGCCUUGUUUGGGUUCUCCGGAAUGCUAGAUUUGCUGUUUUCUGCAUUUUGCUGUCAAUGUGCUUUGGAAUUGAAAUGGAUGAGGAAUUGAUUGAGAGAAUCGAUGAUCUGAUGAAGGCGGUUUUGAUUGUACUUGAUCCGAGGCUCGAUGAUUAUUUGCCAAUUUUAAGCCCUUUCUUCUCGAAGCAAAGGAAAAGGGUCUGGGAGGUCCGCAAUGACCAGAUCCAGACCCUGGUCCCUCUGAUUGAGAAGCGCCGUCGCGCGGUCCAGGACCGUGCGACGGCCACGGCCGGGAUGGCCUCAUUUUCUUAUUUAGACACUCUCUUCGAUUUAAGCAUCGAAGGGAGGAAGUCGACUCCGAGCGACGCGGAGAUCGUGACGCUGUGCUCGGAGUUUCUGAACGGCGGGACCGACACGACCGCGACCGCGAUCGAGUGGGCGGUGGCGCGGAUGAUCGAGAAUCCGUCGAUCCAGACGCGUCUCCGCGACGAGAUCCGGGCGACGGUCGGGGACCGAAAGGUCGACGAGAAGGACGUCGAGAGGAUGCCGUACCUGAACGCUGUCGUGAAGGAGCUCUUGCGGAAGCACCCGCCAACGUACUUUAGUCUGACGCACGCGGUGACCGAGCCCGCGAAAUUGGCGGGCUACGACAUACCGACGGAUGCGAAUGUGGAGAUUUUCUUGCCGGGUAUUUCGGAUGACCCGAAAUUGUGGGUCAACCCGGAGAAGUUUGACCCAGACCGGUUUUUUGAGGGUCGGGAGGAGGCGGAUAUAACCGGGGUGAAGCAAGUGAAGAUGAUACCAUUUGGAACGGGUCGGAGGAUUUGCCCCGGUUUGAAUAUGGCAACGGUGCACGUGCAUUUGAUGCUGGCCCGGAUGGUCCAAGAAUUCGAGUGGGCGGGUUACCCGGAUUCGGGGAAAGUGGAUUUUAGUGAGAAGUUGGAGUUUACGGUGGUGAUGAAGAAUAGUUUGAGGGCUAAGAUCACACCGAUGGCAUGAUGGUAAUUAUUUUGUUGUUGUUUUUUUUGGUAAUUUGUUCUUAAUUAAUUUUGAUUUUUGGUUAGGUUUUAUGAUUGUGGAGAGUUUAUUUUGGUUGAGUUGGUUUUAUUGUAUCAUAUGUGUAUUUAGUAGCAAUUUUAUGUUACUAUUAGUGCAUUUAGAUGAGAAGCACUUAAAUAAGAAUAUUACCUUUUCCAAA